GCCCGACGGCCCCGCUCGCCGCCCCCCGCGGGGAGGCCGCCGCUCGCCUGGCCUCGGCCGCCUGCAGGGAGAGCGCGCGACCGCCUCCGGCUCGGGGGGCGCGGAGCGGAGCGCCGGGGCUGCGGGGCGCGGGGCCAUGGGCGGAGCGGCGCUCCCGGGGCCCGCCCGCCUGUGCGCGCUGUGGGCAGCCCUGCUCGCGCUGCUGCUGCCCGGCGGAGCCCGGGGCGACUGGAUGUGGCUGGGCGUCGCGCCGUUCGGGGCCCCCGAGAAGCUGGGCUGCGCCGCCCUGCCGCUGAGCGGCCGCCAGCAGGAGCUGUGCCGGCGGAAGCCCCACCUGCUGCCGAGCAUCGGCGAGGGCGCGCGCCUGGGCAUCCAGGAGUGCCGGAGCCAGUUCCGACACGAGCGCUGGAACUGCCUGCUGGCCGCCGCCGCCGCCGCCGCCCCGGGCGCGGGCCCCCUCUUCGGCUACGAGCUGAGCAGCGGCACCAAGGAAACAGCAUUUAUUUAUGCUGUGAUGGCUGCAGGCCUGGUGCAUUCUGUGACCAGGUCAUGCAGUGCCGGCAACAUGACGGAGUGCUCCUGUGACACCACCCUACAGAACGGUGGCUCAGCGAGCGAAGGCUGGCACUGGGGGGGCUGCUCUGAUGAUGUCCAGUAUGGCAUGUGGUUCAGCAGAAAGUUCCUAGAUUUCCCCAUCAGAAACACCACAGGAAAAGAAAGCAAAGUACUGUUAGCAAUGAACCUGCACAACAACGAAGCUGGAAGGCAGCAGGAAAAGACUAUCACCGCAGCUCAGAAUGGCUAUUUGACGUUAAUCAAGAAUCCCAGCCACACGGCCCCAGAACAUACCUUUUCGUGGAGUGGUUGUGCAAUUUCCUUAGAUAUACUCCAUUUUUCCACUUUGAUUUUUCUCUCUUCUACCGAAAUUCUCCUGCCGGAUAUAAAGACUUUAUAUCUUAUGUCACCAACUUUCCUGAUACGAGCUGUCGCCAAGCUCAUGUCGGUGGACUGCCGCUGUCACGGGGUCUCGGGCUCCUGCGCCGUGAAGACCUGCUGGAAAACCAUGUCCUCGUUCGAGAAGAUCGGGCGGCUGCUGAAGGACAAGUACGAACACAGUAUCCAGAUCUCAGACAAAAUACAGCGGAAAAUGCGCAGGAGAGACAAAGACCAGAGGCGGAUCCCCAUUCGCAAGGACGACCUGCUGUACGUCAACAAGUCCCCCAAUUACUGCGUGGAGGAUAAGAAGCGGGGCAUCCCGGGCACGCGGGGCCGCGAGUGCAACCGCACCUCCGAGGGCGCCGGCGGCUGCAACCUGCUGUGCUGCGGCCGCGGCUACAACACGCACGUGGUCAGGCACGUGGAGAGGUGCGAGUGCAAGUUCAUCUGGUGCUGCUACGUUCGCUGCCGGCGCUGUGAGAGCAUGACCGACGUGCACACCUGCAAGUAGCCGCCCGCAGCCUGCAGCCCGCGCCCCGUGCCCCGCGCCCCGUGCCCCGCGCCCCGCGGGGAGGGAGGGACGCGCGGCCGCCUGGGGGGCUGGGGGACCCCUGGCCCCGCCCCCGCUGGCUGCCCGGGCCCCGCUGGCUGCCCGGGCCCCGCCUCGACCACGCCCCCAGCCCCUGCUGGCUGCCCGGGCCCCGCCCUCGACCACGCCCCCAGCCCCUCCUGGAUGCCCAGGCCCCGCCCUCCGGCCCCCACUGGCUGCCCAAGCCCCGCCCCCGACCUCUACUGGCUGCCCGGGCCCCGCCCUCGGCCCCGCCCCAGCCCCUGCUGGAUGCCCAGGGCCCGCCCCCUGGCCCCCAGUGGCUGUCCAAGCCCCGCCCCUGACCUCUACUGGCUGCCCGGGCCCCGCCCUCGACCACGCCCCCAGCCCCUGCUGGAUGCCCAGGCCCCGCCCCUCGGCCCCCGCUGGCUGCCCAAGCCCCGCCCCCGACCUCUACUGGCGCCCGGGCCCCGCCCUCGACCACGCCCCCAGUCCCUGCUGGAUGCCCAGGCCCCGCCCCCCGGCCCCCGCUGGAUGCCCAAGCCCCGCCCCCGACCUUCACUGGCUGCCUGGGCCCUGCUCUCGGCCCCGCCCCUGGCCCUCAAUGGCUGCCCAGAUCCCACCCCUGGCCCCGCCCCCGCUGGGUGCCAGGCCACGCCACGCCCCCGCUGACUGCCAAGGCCACGCCCCCAGCCCCCACUGGCUGCCCGGACCCCGUCCUCGCCCCUGCUGGCUGCCCUGGCCCCGCCCCUGGGCUGCUCCCAUGGCCCCCACCGGCUGCCCAGCGGGCCCCCCACACCCGCUGGCAGCCCAGACCCCACCCCUGGCCCCGCCCCCGCUGACUGUCCGGGC